GCGCAGAGCAUCGACGUCGGUCUGUGAAGCACAUGAGCUUGCUAGACGCAACAUCAGUUAAGCUGAUUGUUGGAGAAACACAACUGCCAGAUACAUUGAUUGAGUCCAUCUCCUUCCAGCCGCGCGUUCCAGUCCGUUCCCGACGCGGCCCACCGCAUAUCGACAUCGUCCCCGCCGCAAGAGCCAGCCCCUCCAGGCCAAGACCCCCGUCCGUCCCGUCGUCAUCCAAGCAAGAGCCAAAAUCCCCCACAGCGGACAACAACAGCACCACCAACAGCACCACCACCACCACCACAAGACACGGUCCGCAUCCCCCUCUCCACGAGGGCGGACCGCGCCCCCCAAGAUGGCGGGCCUCGACCAAGACAACUUCUCUAACAUUUCGUGGCACAGUGACCACCCAGACGCCGCCAUGGGUGGUGGCCCGGCGAACCCGGCGGGCGGCGGCGGCAGCCACGACGGCGCCGCCUCGGACUCGGAGGCCGCCGAUACGAGGCACGCGCCACGCGAGCCCGAGCCCAACUACAGCCGCCUCGACGCCCACGGCAUCGGCGACGAAACGCUGGAGUGCACCGUUUCGGCCCCGAUCAAGGAGAACGACGGCACCAAGGAUGCGUUUGUGUCGUACCUCAUAACAACCAAUACAACGUUCCCAUCGUUCCAAAAGCACCAAGUCUCGGUGCGCCGCCGCUUUACAGAUUUCGUCUUCCUCUUCAAAACGCUGUCCAAGGACUACCCGGCCUGCGCCGUGCCGCCGCUGCCGGACAAGCAGCGCAUGGAGUACGUGCGCGGCGACCGCUUCGGCGCCGACUUUACGGCCCGGCGCGCCCACUCGCUGCGCCGCUUCCUCGCACGCUGCGCGCUGCACCCCAUUCUGCGGCGCAGCGCCAUCCUGCACACCUUCCUCGAAAGCCCGGACUGGAACGCCACGAUGCGGUCGCGCGCCAGCCGGAGCGUCUCGAUGGGCAGCGGCGGCGGCGGCGACUCUAGCCUCGGCCCCGGCUCGCCCGAUCCCAGCGGCGGUGGUGGGACGGCCAACAAUAGCGUGGCCAACAGCGUCUUCGACAACUUUGCCGACACCUUCAUCAACGCCUUCACAAAGGUGCACAAGCCGGACCGGCGCUUCAUCGAGGUGCGCGAGCGCAGCGACAAGUUGGACGAGGACCUGGCGCACGUGGAGAAGCUGGUAGCGCGCGUGUCGCGGCGCGAGGUGGACCUCGAGGCGGACCAGCGCGACCUGGCCGAGCAGUUCCAGAAGCUCAUCGUGCUCGAGCCGGGCGUCGAGGCGGCCGUGCGCGCCUUUGCCGCCUCGGUCGAGGACACGGCCUCGGGCCUGCGCGUGCUGCGCGAGGCCACGGAGCGGGACUACCUGGGCUCCCUGCGCGACCUAGCCGCCUUUAGCGGCGCGCUCAAGAACCUGCUCAAGGCGCGCGAGCAGAAGCAGCUCGACUUUGAGCAGCUGACCGAGUACCUCAACAAGAGCCGCGCCGACCGCGACGUGCUGGCCUCGGGCGGCUACGGCUCGGGCGGCGGCGGCGCGCUCGCGGGCGCGGGCGGCUUCAUCCGGAGCAAGAUCGAGGACGUCAGGGGGGUCGACCACGAGCUGUCGCGCCGCGAGCGCCAGCGCAAGCUCGAGAUGCGCAUCGACGAGCUGACGCUCGAGGUGGAGCGCGCCAAGCGCACGUCGGAGAUGUUUGACGAGGAGGUGGUCAAGGAGGUGGCCGACUUUGAGCGCAUCAAGCGCGUCGAGCUCAAGCGCCAGUUUGGCGCCCUGGCCCGGUCGCACACGGACUUUUACGACGCCACCGUCGACGUGUGGGAGAGGUAUAUUCGGGAGAUGGAGAAGGAUGGCGCCAUUGCCCCAUGAGCGGGCUGUUUCUUUUUUCUUUUUUUUUUUUCUAGCAUUACCAGUUUACCACUCUUUUCUUGAUUCGCCUCCAUCACUCGUCAUUACGCGUUUUACCGUCUUGUUUGGGUUGGUUGAGAAAUGGUGUUUUUCUAUUAGUUUUGUUGGCCGUUCUUCAUCUUCGAUACACUCAUACCCCCUUACUGCCUGGUUGAUAAUGGGCUUGCGGACGAGGGCGCUUCAUUCUUACGUAUCCAGUCUCCGUCACGAGUUUUUAUCUCGUCAAGAAAGAAAAAAGAACAAAAUAAAGGGGAAAGCACAGAGAUUCUUGUCAAUAGUAAUAUUACCUACCGUGUUGAAUGCGAGCGUCUGAUGUUUGCUCCUUGGAGAAGUUCACCAGG